AUGGGAGGUUCACGAAGAAAAUACAAGAAUUCUCGACCUAAGGUUCGCGUGGGUCUUCCAAAGAAGAACCCUAAAGUUUUGAAACCCGCUUUUACCAUCCCUCCCAAAUUGUUACAAUCCCUUGCAGAAGACCCUAAAUGGGAUGAAAAAGGAAGCGUCACACAAAACUACAACUCCUUCGGUGUAGUCAAUGACCCUAACUCCCUGACUGAUUCUCUUCAAGCUCCUUCUGUUUCGGAUGACCCCAACGAUUCCGGCAGUGAUCUCGAAGAAGACGAUUUGAAAUCGGCACUGGGAAAGAGAAGAAGAGAUGGUAAAAGUGCGCUUCCUCAACCUUUGACUUCAAUUCAGCGUCUUUAUAUUAGUAGGCUAGUGGAAAAAUAUGGAGCUGAUUUUCAGAGAAUGAUGAUGGAUAUAAAGCUAAAUCCUAUGCAGCAUUCAGUUGCGACUUUAGAAAAAUUGUGCAUGAGCUAUUACAUAUACAAGAACAAGAAUCCGCUUAUUGUUGGAAGAUGA